AUGGCUAGUGUUGGCGCGGGUAGCGCUGCGGGCGGUGGCGGUAGCUCAAGUGAAAACGAGGACUUUUUCCGCAGUGCAGAGGCGGCGCUGCAGGAGGCCCCCGACCACAACUCACUCACCGCACUUUUGCAGCUCAAUGACCCAUCCUUCAAGAAGGAGAUGGUCGGCGAUGAGGCGGUGCUCAAACCCACGUACAAGAAAAUGCAGCUGCGUCUGCAUUAUGGAUUGCAAAAAUGUCUGGGUCUGGAAGAUUGUAGACUUGUCAUGCAGAUUUUCCAUGACCCAUGAGGUCUGGAAUGCGGGACUUAGCAUGACAGACUGUGCGAGGUCUCUGCCAUGCCUAUUCUGAAUGAGAAACUCCGUUCCAACUUGGUCAAUAGUGGACAGCUUUUGGCAUUCAUGCAACGCAGAUUUUUGCAUGUCCGCGUCCCUUUAGCAGUAUGGCGGGUAGCGAAGGUUCAGAUUUACCAUGACAAGUUGCAAUCUUCCAGACCCAGACACUUUUGCAAUCCAUAUGCAUCCGGACAAGAAUCCGCCGGCUACUCGAAAGAAAGCGACGCAGUUGUUUCAGCAGCUUGCGCCGUUUUACAAAGCAGCCCUGGAGGCCGGCGACCAGCCGCCGCGGAAGAAACCCCGUACUACGGCUAAGCAGUCGGGCGGGACGUCAAAGUUUCCUGCGGCCUUCGACAGUUUCAGCCAGUGGCCGUUUUUGUUCGGGUCCGAUCUUUUCCAACUUCCCAGCAUUGAACAGCAUCGAGAUGAGAGCACAAAUUGUCGCCGGGCAGGCCCUGAACCGCUCGCAGCUCUUUCGCUUGCGCGAUAUGUAUGGGCAGAUUACCGUCGUGCAAACACCCAGUGCGGAUUUCAUCAAGGCGGAGGUGAUGAAGAGCGGACCGGUGGUCAGCCUGUCCUUCCAACGCCCCGGCGGUCGGGACACAGAAGCGGUUUUGGUAGUGGGCUGGACCGACGACCACUGGGUCAUCGUGCCCUAUGGGAGCCAGGACGCCAUUGCCGUCGGCAUGAACAAGUACGGCAUCGAAAACGUGGUCACGUUCGUGCACGCAGACAAGCUGCAGAACAUGGCGUGGUGGCCCCGUCCGUACUACGAGAUUCCUUUCCACUCCAAGAACAUCGUCCCAGGAGGUGCGGACUGGAGUUGUAUCCGCAUCACCUUCGAAACCGCAUUUCAUUUCGAGGACUUCGCGGCCAAGAUGGAGCAGGCUGCGAAUGA